AACGAACGUGUGGCUGUCUUUGUACCUCAAGAGUAUCUUCAUUCCUCUCCACUAUGUCUGCCAAAUCUAGUGGCGGCGGAAUAAGGUUUCUCCAACUUCGGCGGAUUCUCCCUAUAAAUUCCUCCAACAAACCCUGCUCAUCAACGAUUCACCCGAAAAAGAAACCCCAGGAAAGAUCAUGUCUCUAACGAUCAGAGCACACAUCACCAAUCAUUUGAAUCUCAAUCCCAAAUCCAUAGUACCCAAAAGCAGAAAUCGCAACAUUACUACAAUUUCGCCUAAACCCAUUCGCCAUUCAAACACUUCAAUCCCAAUCGCACAUUGUCAUCGCAAAAUGUCUCCCAAAAAGGCUGCUUCUUCUUUGCCGAUGAUCAGAAGCUCUCUCAUCGAGCCGGACGGCGGCGUUUUGGUCGACCUGGUGGUGCCGGAGGUCGAACGGGCUUCGAAGACUUUGGAGGCGCAGGCAAUGCCGAAGGUGAAGCUUACCCAGAUCGAUCUCGAGUGGGUUCAUGUGAUCGGCGAGGGUUGGGCGAGUCCUUUGAGGGGGUUCAUGAGGGAACACGAGUAUUUGCAGACCCUGCAUUUUAAUUGUAUCAGAACGAAGGAUGGGGGUGUUGUGAACAUGUCGCUGCCUAUUGUUUUGGCCAUCGACGACGGGGAUAAGGAGAGCAUUGGGGCGUCGGCGGAUGUUGCAUUGGUUGGGCUUGAUGGAGAUUUUGUUGGUAUUCUUCGGAGCAUUGAAAUAUACAAGCACAACAAAGAAGAAAGAAUAGCUAGAACUUGGGGGACCACUGCUCCAGGACUACCUUAUGCCGAGGAGGUAAUUACUCCAGCUGGGAAUUGGCUCAUUGGUGGGGAUCUGGAGGUGCUGAAACCCAUCAAAUAUAAUGAUGGUCUUGAUCACUACAGGCUCUCUCCCCAGCAAUUGCGGAAAGAAUUUGAUAGACGUCAGGCAGAUGCAGUUUUUGCUUUUCAGUUAAGGAACCCUGUUCAUAAUGGGCAUGCCUUGUUAAUGAAUGAUACACGCAGGCGACUUUUGGAAAUGGGGUACAAGAAUCCUAUUUUAUUGCUUCAUCCAUUAGGAGGUUUCACGAAGGCUGAUGAUGUGCCCUUGGAUGUUCGGAUGGAACAACAUAGCAAGGUCUUGGAAGAUGGUAUCCUUGACCCUGAGACUACUGUUGUGUCUAUAUUCCCUUCACCCAUGCAUUAUGCUGGUCCUACUGAAGUACAGUGGCAUGCCAAGGCGAGGAUAAAUGCAGGGGCUAAUUUCUAUAUUGUAGGUCGUGAUCCUGCUGGUAUGGGCCAUCCAACAGAGAAGAGAGAUUUGUAUGAUCCUGAUCAUGGGAAGAAGGUGCUAAGCAUGGCUCCUGGUCUGGAGAAGCUUAACAUUUUGCCGUUUAGGGUGGCAGCAUAUGACACAGUGGAAAAGAAAAUGGACUUCUUUGAUCCUUCACGCGCUAAAGAUUUUCUUUUCAUCUCUGGAACUAAGAUGCGGGCUUAUGCCAGAAAUGGUGAGAACCCCCCUGAUGGUUUUAUGUGCCCGGGUGGAUGGGCAGUUCUUGUCAAAUAUUAUGAGAGUUUACAAGCCAAAGAGGGCACACAGCAGCCAGCUGUCUUGUCUGCUUAGAUAUUUAGCUCCUGGAGUUUGCAGUCGUUUGAUUCAAGCGGGAGAAAAAAUGUUUUGAAGUUUCUGUGGAUCCAAAGAGCAGUGUUAUAAUAUUUUUCCUGUCAGCAGACAGAUUGUGAUUGGGCAUAUGCUGUUGUACCUGUAUGUUUUUUUUUUUUUCACUCUUUCAGGUUGGGCUGUGAUUUCCUAUAGGUUGUGCAAAGUGUGCACUUAAUAUCUAGAUUUAGUUGAUUCUUCAUUGCUGAAGAGAAUCAAUCUGAGGUGAAAAAAACAGGGGGAACGAUCAUGUGGUGAUAAGUUAGUAGUAGGAAUAAUUUAACCUUUUUUGAUGUCUCACAAGUAACAUUGUAAAUUUUAUCAUUGGAAUAGUUUCUCUGUUUCUACC